GACAGGUACUGUCGGGUGUGGAUUGCGACACUAUGGUAAAUUUCGGUACAAUGGUGAUAGACGGCGAUUGUGAUACAAUCAAGUCAUGUGGAAAGUCAAAUGGUGACUAUAGCACAGGAACCACGACCGCUCCAGGAAGGACACUGGAUGAUGGGGCGGUGGACAACGCAACGCUAUGGAUAACAAAGAAAGACCGAUCGAGAGAUAAGAAGUCUCCUCCUAAAGCAGAUAAACAACCUGCCUUCCUGAAUCGACCGUUGGCGUUUGGCGAUCACAAACCCAAAUCAGCAAAGAAAGUCCCCCCGCCACUCACGCCGCAGGAGCAGUUGAAGGCGCUUGGGAUUGUGGAACUCAAAGCCCGGCAAGAUGCACUCAGUUGAGAGGAGCAAGCCGAGCUGAGUGAGCUGCACGACAAGUACAACGCUAAACGGUUACCGAUAGAACAAGCUAUGGACAGGAAGAAUGGCGGGGGGUUAUAGUAGACAGCAAUCCAAGUGCAAUGCUACAUGUGAUUUCAAGGACACUCCAAAUAUACACACGAUUGCCCAUCAUACAUUGGUGUGCUCGAUGACAGUUUAUUCCCUACUUCACAUCUGGGGGCUAUCCGGAGUACAAACCAGUCUGAAUGGAUUUUCUAUGUAAAAGAAAGUUUGUGAUCUUUCACAAGGCAGAAUGAUUCAUCGUGUUGGUAAGUGGCUCGCGAUUGGUGUUGCCAUAGCGACCGAAGUGCCGAUAGUACCGAAAUCAAGAUCGGGAUGCUGGAAGCACGCUGAUAGAUAGAUGGCUUGAGACUUGAGAGUUGCGUUCAUGUGGACACAGCCAGCCCCGACCGGGGUUACAAUAGCGAGCUUUCAGAGCCCGAUUUAAAAACAAAAUGAGCUUUGGACUACUAAUUAUAGAUGUACCACGAGAACUCUCUACAUAAACAUAUCCGUUCUGCGUUUAUCGCUAUUUGCGGCGCAAAGAAUCGG